UUACCUGUUUACUUCUCGACGGCCACCAAAAGCUUUGUUCAUCUCUCUCACUGUAAGCCAUGGCCGGCGACGAAUUGAUGCCGCCUCAGAGGUCGCACAGGACUCGAAAAUCAGGUCCGACCAUGAGGAAGAAAUCUGAAAUCGACAAGAAGAAGCGUGGCGUCUCCGAUAACAAGCAGCAAAACCCUAGAGCGUUUGCUGUUAAGUCGGGUGUGAAGGCGAAGCGUCUACAGGCUCGCUCCGCGGAGAAGGAGCAAAAGCGAAUUCAUCUUCCGACCAUUGAUCGUACUUACGGCGAACCGCCUCCUUUCGUCAUCGUGGUUCAAGGCCCUCCAGGGGUCGGAAAGUCUCUCGUGAUUAAGUCCCUUGUUAAGCAUUUUACGCACCAGAACUUACCGGAGGUUCGAGGACCUAUUACCAUUGUAUCAGGUAAACAUAAACGGAUACAAUUUGUGGAGUGCCCAAAUGAUAUCAAUGGGAUGGUGGAUUGUGCAAAGGUUGCUGAUCUAGCUCUUCUACUCAUAGACGGGAGUUAUGGUUUUGAGAUGGAAACCUUUGAAUUCCUCAAUAUUAUGCAAGUGCAUGGAUUUCCUAAAGUUAUGGGAGUCCUCACUCACCUGGAUAAGUUCAAGGAUGUAAAGAAGCUAAGGAAAACAAAACAACGUCUCAAGCAUCGUUUUUGGACCGAAAUAUAUUCUGGAGCUAAAUUGUUCUAUUUAUCUGGUCUCAUUCAUGGGAAGUAUUCGCAACGUGAAGUUCUCAACCUCGCCCGCUUUGUAUCUGUUAUCAAGUUUCAUCCAUUGAAAUGGCGAACAUCACAUCCUUAUGUCUUGGCUGAUCGUCUGGAAGAUGUUACCCCUCCCGAGAAAGUUCAGAUGGAUAAGAAAUGUGACAGAAAUAUCACGUUAUAUGGUUACCUACGUGGUUGCAAUUUGAAAAAAGGGAUGAAGGUUCAUAUUGCUGGAGUUGGUGACUACAGUUUAGCUGGGGUGACUGUCUUACCUGAUCCUUGUCCUUUACCCUCAGCUGCCAAGAAGAAGGGGCUGAGGGACAAGGAAAAACUUUUCUAUGCUCCUAUGUCCGGGAUUGGAGAUCUUUUGUACGACAAAGAUGCCGUUUACAUUAAUAUAAAUGAUCACCUUGUUCAGUACUCUAAAACUGAUGAUGGAACUGAAGAACCUACCAAUAAAGGAAAGGGCAGGGAUGUUGGUGAAGAUUUGGUAAAGUCGUUGCAGAACACAAAAUAUUCCGUUGAUGAGAAAUUAGAGAAGACUUUCAUUAAUUUAUUUGGCAAAAAGACCAGUGCCAGCUCAGAAAGAAAACUUGAGGCUGAAGAUGCGGAUCUAUCGUCGCCGGAAGGUUCUGACACUGAGUCAUCGAAGGAGUCUCAAUCUGGUGAUGAUUCUGACGAUGAUGAGAGAAAUGACAGCAAAAUAAAGCAGAAAACUGAGAUCCAUGGCGGAAGGAUGAGGAGGAAAGCUAUCUUCAAGGAUGAAGUUGGGCAGAGUGAUGCGAUGGUCAGAAAUAAGAACCCAAACUUGAUGCAAAUUGUGUAUGGUGCAUCGGGAUCAUCAGCUACUGCCUUGAUAAAUGAAACUAGUGAUGAUGAAGAAAGUGAUAACGAAGAAUUCUUUAAGCCAAAAGGAGAGCAGAGCAAGAACAUAGGUGGUGGAUCGGAUGUGGGAUAUGUCAACUCAGAGGAUUGUUCCAAAUUUGUGAGUUAUGGAAACCUCAAGAAUUGGAAAGAGAAAGAAGUUUGUGAGUGCAUUCGUGAUCGAUUUACCACUGGUGAUUGGUCAAAAGCUGCUCUGAGAAAUCAAAAUUCCGGUGCUGGCGAUGAUGGUGAAGAUGAUGAACUUUAUGGAGAUUUUGAGGAUGUAGAGACAGGAGAGAAGCAUCAUAACCCUGAGAACAUGGAGUCAGGUGCAAAUCAAAACGAAGAUGCUGAAGCAAUUGAGCGUAGGCUAAAAAAGCUGGCUCUCCGAGCAAAGUUUGAAGCAGAAUAUCCUUUUUUACCUGCAUCAUUUAACUUAUUUAACAAUAAAUCCGGGUUAGAUGAGGGUGAUGAUGAUGAGGGUGGUGGGAACAAUCCUGAUAAUAGUCAAGCUAAGGAACCAGGAUACCUUGAAAAAUUGAAGGAGGAGCUUGAAAUUAGAAGACAGAAGAAUUUUUUAGAACUCAAUGAUCUUGACGAGGAUACUCGAAUUGAAAUAGAAGGUUUCCGGACUGGAACAUACUUGCGGCUGGAGAUUCACAAUGUUCCUUAUGAGAUGGUUGAUUUCUUUGAUCCGUCGUAUCCUGUUCUCGUUGGAGGUAUUGGUUACGGCGAGGAUAAUGCUGGAUAUAUGCAGGCCCGGUUGAAGAAACAUAGGUGGCACAAGAAAGUACUAAAGACAAGAGAUCCCAUUAUUGUAUCUAUUGGAUGGAGACGCUAUCAGACUAUCCCUGUAUACGCCAUUGAAGAUCGCAAUGGCAGACAUCGAAUGCUCAAGUAUACUCCAGAACACAUGCACUGCCUUGCUAUGUUCUGGGGUCCUCUUGUCCCACCCAACACCGGCUUUGUCGCUUUCCAACACCUGUCAAGCAAUCAGGCAGGAUUUAGGAUAACGGCGACUUCUGUAGUUAUGGAGUUUAAUCACCAGACCCGUAUUGCAAAGAAAAUCAAGCUGGUUGGGCAUCCCUGCAAGAUAAAGAAAAAUACUGCAUUUAUCAAAGACAUGUUCACUUCGGACCUUGAAAUAGCUCGAUUUGAAGGUUCGUCUGUCCGGACAGUUAGUGGCAUUAGAGGGCAAGUGAAAAAGGCUGCGAAAAACAUGCUCGAAAACAAUGCGCAAGACGGGAUCGUGAGGUGUACCUUUGAAGAUCAAAUAAAAAUGAGCGACAUCGUCUUCUUAAGGGCUUGGACCACAGUGGAAGUUCCAAAGUUUUACAAUCCUCUUACCACAGCAUUGCAACCCCGCGAUAAGACCUGGACAGGGAUGAAAACGUUCCGGGAACUCCGAAUAGAGCAUAAUAUUCCUAUUCCGGUGAAUAAGGACUCACUCUACAAGAAAAUCGAAAGGAAGGAGAAGAAGAAGUUCAAUCCAUUGGUGAUUCCAAAGAAACUACAAGCAGCUUUGCCGUUUAAAUCCAAGCCCAAAGAUGUACCAGGGCGAAAAAGACCAACACUAGACUCUAGAAGAGCUGUUGUUAUGGACCCGGAACAACGAAAAGCUCAUGCCAUCCUCCAGCAUUAUCAGCUGAUCAAUAAAAUCAAGACGAAUACUAGAAAAGCGAAGGAGAAGGAGAAGAGGAAAGUGCAUCAGGCACAGAAAGCUAAGAAUGAGAUAAUAUCUAAGAAACGGAACAGAGAGGAGAGACGUGAGAGAUAUCGUACGGAAGACAAAGAGAAGAAGAAGAAGAUGAGACGAAGCGAAGAUUAAUUUUACUCUGUUUUUUUGCUCACUCCACAUUCCACCACCAAGUCUUGAUACUGCUGUAUCACUUAAGUUUUCUGUUUUGGUUUUCGAUCUUCUGAAGUCUAAACUACAUUUCUUGAAACAAAAUUUUGAGUUAUUUUAAGUCAUCUUUUAUGAAUCUAUUUGGUAAAGUGAAAUGAAAACCAAACUGGAAUCAAAACAAAAACCAUAUCAGAUUAAU